AAUAUAACCAGUACCAAACAAAACAACACGAAGAUUAAUAUUGUGUUAUAGUGAAUAAUAUUAUUCUGACCAAAUAGGCUACAUUGGAUAUUAAAGAAAGAUGGCGACUUCCACAGCUGUGAUUGCUUUGGAUCUGAGUGAACAUUCUGACCAUUGCUUUAUCUGGUAUGCAGAACAUGUGCACCGGCAAGGAAAUAAGGUGAUAGGACUGCACGUUCCUGAAUAUUGGGGUGAUGUAGGGCGAAUGAUGAGUCCUCAACGACUACACGAACUGUGGACGGAGACCCAAGAAAAUGCAAAAAAACUCGGGGAGAAAUACACUGCUUUAGCUGCUAAACAUGGAAUAAAGGAUUUUCAAUACAUUUCUGAAGAUGGCAAAGAACCGUGGCACAUCAUCAUUGACACGUCAAAAGAAAAAAAAGCUGAUUUCAUCGUUAUGGGUUCUCGUGGAAUGGGUACCAUACGCAGAACUCUGGUUGGAUCUGUAAGUGAUGGUGUAGUGCAUCAUUCUCAUAUACCUGUAUUAGUUGUACGUGACCACAAGAAACACGGAAAACAUGAGUAAAUUGUCCAAUAUCAUGUACGGUGGCUGUCGACUGCCCUAUUACCCAAGCAAAUUAUCGGAUAAAUCGAAAUUGUUGUUUUGCGGGCAAAAAAGAAGAUAUUUUAACCAAUAAAAACUAUUAUGAUCAUGUAGUAUUACUAAUUCGUUUCUCACUUACUAGAUUGGAUUAUUCAAUGUACCGAUACUCUUAGAUUAUGCAUUUUGCAAUGUAGUAGGUAUAAUAUUUAAGCAUUUAUAUGGAUAUUUAUGCAUACAUAUAUAUCUAUAUAACUUCAGUAUUAAAUUUUCAUUCUAAAAGUUAGAUUUACCUCUUCUUUAUAUCGAGUCGCGGUGUCUCAGUUAGUUUGACCUUUUUCUUUCUAACUUGAAGGUCUAGAGUUCAGUCCCUGCAUGGUCGAGAUAUUACCUUCAGAGAAUAACCCAAUUUCAAUGUGUCUUAGAUCUUGGGCCUCAUGUGCCAGUUUUCAAAUACUUUCAGCAGAAACAAUAAACGAGAUAGUUUAUAACAUU